AUGUCGGAAAAGGAUAAGAGUGGGCUCGCCGGAGGUCAGCACACUGUUCCGCCGCCGAAAACGUCCGGCGCGGCCACCGGCGGCCAACAACUCUCCGCCACCGCCAAUCAGUUCGUAGAUAAGAUUGAUCCGUUCAGUAAACGCGGUAACAGUCGUCGGAGAAGAAGGCCCGUUAACAGUAGUCGAUAUCAUAACGACAAUGAUCCGGACCUAGUGCAAUUGCCAUUGAUCAAGGGUAAGCUUCGGUUUUUGUUGUUCUUCUUGGUUUAGGUAUGAAAUUUGAGGAAAAAAGCUUAUAACUGAGCUGUUGUAUGAUAUUAUGGGAGUUUUGAUGUUGUUAAUGACGUAUUAUGUCAAUUUCAAGGUUUUAAAUGGUGUAUAAUGUUACUUUUGUGGAGAUAAAGUAGUGUAAUAACAUAUAAAGCAUGAUGAUGGUGCUUUAGAUGGUAUUGUUUCAGUCUCUACUCCGUAAAUAGUGUAUAAUAUUAGUUUAUCAACAAAUAAAGCCGUAUAAUAUCAGAGAAAGCUAAUGAUCUUGAUUUAGACGCUCCGUUCAAUGAACAGACAGCUUUGGCCAUUCAGAAGCUUCAACAAUGUCAAAAGAUUUUUGACUUUUAUGAUCCUGUUGCUCAAUUGAAGAGUAAAGAGGUAAGACUAUGAUUUAUUGCUUCUAUUUCGAGCAUCUGACCUUUUACGAGCUAAAUCUGUCUGUUUUUGGCUCAAUAUUGACUUUGAAUUAUGUUAUAGUAGGUUAAAAAGGUCUUUCGAAGACAAGCCAUUAAAUAAUUAUACGUUAGCACUUAUCGGAUGAAGGAAGAAUGUAAAUAUCGUUCUUAAGCUUUAUAUUAUAGUAGGCAAACUCAAUAUUAUACUAUAUUUCUGCAGAUAAAACGAGCAGCCCUAAACGAACUGAUCGACUACAUAACCGCGACCAAAGGUGCUAUUGUUGAGCCGAUUUAUCCCGAAAUUAUUCGUAUGGUGUCGAGGAACAUCUUUCGAGUACUACCCCCAUCUGAUAAUUCCGAGUUCGAUCCGGAAGAGGACGAGCCAACCUUAGAAGUGUCAUGGCCUCAUUUGCAGGUAUAGGCGACUGAGUGGCUUUUUUUACUUGAAAUUUGAUUUUUUAGGUUUAAGACUGUUGUUUAGGCAUAAAGGUAGUAGUUAUUGAUUGAGGCUGUUUGUUAAUUUUAAAAUGACUUUUCUAGGCUGAGCAUGAUUUUUUAGGCCUAAAAACAGUUUUUAGGCUUAUAUUGAAUAUCUUUAUGAAUAAAGUUGCUUUUAGGAUUAAGGUCUAUUUUAUUAGGCUUAAAUACAUUUAGGUUUAAAAUGAUCUUUUAGGUUUAAAGAUGAUUUUUAGGCUUAAAAUUGGUUGUAUUAGGCUUAAAAGUUAUGGAUUUAUGAUUAAAAUUGUUUUUUAAGCUUAAAAUGAUGCUUUAGGCUUAAAACCAACUUUUAGGUUUGUAGUUAUUAGCGUUAUGACUAAAAGUAUUUUUAUGCUCAAAACUGUCUUUUGACAAAAAUUAAUGAUAACCUUAUUUCAGCUAGUCUACGAGUUCUUUUUACGGUUUUUGGAAUCCGCCGACUUUCAAGCAACAAUCGGCAAGAAGCACAUUGAUCAGCGCUUCGUACUUAAUGUAAGAACAACAAUUUUGAAUUAAUAUAACAUUCAGUGGUGUUUAGUAUAACCUUUAGUUAAUAAAAGGCUUAGGGACGUCUAGUAUAAUGUAUUUUAGCUGUUUUUUGUUAUUUAGGUAAAGAGCAAUUGUGACUUUCUCAAAAACCGAUGUUUAGGUAACAAAAUGAUAUUGUAGACUUAAAAAACGAGAAAUAUUUUAGGUUUUUGUCAAGUUUUUGCUUUUUUUUAGGUAUAAGUUUUAGCUUUUCACUUUAAUACCGCUCUUUGGAUUUACUGAUACUGCUUUUUCGAAAACUUUUUGAUAUUAUACUUGCCAUUUUAUAGCUGCUGGAGCUGUUUGACUCGGAAGAUCCACGAGAACGCGACUUUCUGAAGACAAUUCUACACAGAAUCUACGGAAAGUUCUUAGGGCUUCGAGCAUUCAUACGAAAACAAAUAAACAACAUGUUCUUGUCGUUUGUCUUCGAAACGGACUCUUUCAAUGGAGUUGGUGAACUACUGGAGAUAUUGGGAAGGUAAGCUGUUUUGAAGUUUGUUUUUUUAAAUUUUAGGUAUUACGAAGGGAAGUGGAGAUGGAAAUAUAGGUGUUUUAGAGUGAGGGAGGGUUGGAAAUUUGAAAAAAGAUGAAUUUUAGUAGAGUUUUCGGGCUUAUAAACCGAUCUUUAAGGUUUUUAGGUAACAAAAUUUUUUUCAAAGUUGAUUUUAGGUAGACAAAUUGAGAUUUUUGAAUUUUUCUUGAAAAAAGUAAACAAAAUAUGUGAUUUUUGUGUAAAAACUUAAUUUUAGGUAAUAUUCGUAAACUAUAACAACAUAAAUUUGAAUUUUUAGUAUCAUAAACGGCUUUGCUUUGCCACUGAAACAAGAACACAAGGUAUUCCUGGUCAAGGUUCUUCUUCCUCUGCACAAACCCAGAUGUCUCAGCUUGUAUCACGCUCAGGUAAGAGGGAUUUUUAAUUGAUUUUGGCUUUUUAAGGGGUGGAUAAUGGUGAAGCUUUGUUUUUAAAUGGUAAUGCAAGGUUCUCUGGUUUAAUUCAAAAGGAAAAGUGAUUUUCAGAGAUUUAGUGAUUGGAUUGUUACCUAAAUUUUUAAAAAGUUUGGUUGAACUUUAGCCUCAGGUUUUAAAAAAUAAAAUUUUGAUUUUGGAAAAACUGGUUUUAUUAUCUAAAAUAUAAAAAAGUGUCUCAUUAUUACCUAUUAUUACAUAAAAUUUUUAAAAAUUUCAUUUUGGACUAAAUUCUUGCCGUUUCAGCUCGCUUACUGUGUAGUACAAUUCAUCGAGAAGGACGCGUCCCUAACCCCUCAGGUAUUCGAAGCCCUCCUCAAGUUUUGGCCGCGAACCUGCAGCUCGAAAGAGGUCAUGUUCCUGGGUGAAGUCGAAGAAAUAUUGGAUAUAAUCGAGCCGGAACAGUUUAAGAAAAUCAUUGAUCCAUUGUUCAAACAGCUUGCCAAGUGUGUUUCGUCGCCGCAUUUUCAAGUGAGUUGGUUUUGAUUGUUGUUCUUGGUGUUUAGGUUGAAGUGAAUGUAAUAAGAAGGCUAAAGAAUUGAAAGAAGGCUGAAGUUUGGAUAAAAAGGAUGGUUUGAGCUGAAGAUGGGGAAGAUAUAGUGAUGAUGAGAAAGGUGAAAAAUAGAAAAAGAUUGGUCUAAAGGGUAGAUGAAAGCUGUUUUUAUGCACGAAAAGGCCGAUUUGAGCUGAUGAUGGUGAAGAUAGGGGUCAGAAUUGAGAGUAUGGUGUUACUAACAGUGAUAGGCCGAAGCCCAUGAAGAUCUUUUCUUAGCUCUUGGACCUUGGGUCGAAUCUUGUUUUUAGCUUUAGAAGGAGAUAUGAGGCGAAAAAUGGCAAAAAUUUGGGUUUUGGACUUUAUUUUAGGCACUUUUUAACUUAAAACAUCAAUUUUGAGGCUUUACCUACUAGGUCAAAGUCAAAAAAAAUGUUUAAUUUUCAAAAAAAAAUUAUUUUUAAAUGACACUUCUGAUGAGAUAUUUGACAACCAUCUUGCUUCAGGUGGCGGAACGAGCGUUGUACUUUUGGAAUAACGAGUAUAUAUUGUCACUAAUCGAGGAGACCAGCGCUCUCGUCAUGCCCAUCAUGUUCCCAGCGUUGUAUCGAAUCAGCCGAGAACACUGGAAUCAAACCAUCGUCGCGCUCGUGUACAACGUGCUCAAAACGUUCAUGGAAAUGAAUGGGAAAUUGUUCGAUGAUUUAACUGCUAACUACAAAUUGGAGAAACAAAAGUGAGUUUGUGGGGUGGGGUAGGGGGUUUUGAGGGGUGUUUUUGGAUUUUUAAGGGGCGUGGGGCCAGAAAACGAAUUUUUUGAAAUUUAAAAAAAAUUUUAAAUUUUUUUUGAAAAAUGUAUUGUUUCUUUAUAUUUUUCAUUUUCUCACCUCCCCCACCUUCAGAGAACGACGAAAAGAACGGGAACGCGAAGAGUUGUGGAGGCGGCUCACCGUGCUGGAGCAACAAGACCAGGAAACAAUAGUCAAGUCGCCGCCCCAAAUCCUGUCCAAAACCCCCAUGACAGCGUUCAUCGCGCCCAAACAGCCGGGUACAGCGCCGACGAACAGUAGCGGCGCCACGCCGCCCACGGCAACAGCAACGGGUAAUCAGGGCGCGGGCGACAAAUCUCCCGGAACCGGAAAAAAGUCCUCCACCGCCUCGUCCGGCUCACGCGACGACAAGGCCGACAAGCAUAGCGAGAAGGGCGCCGAAGCCAAGGCCUGA